AUGCGUGAAUUGGAGCAGAAACUAGAUAACACUCGCAAGCGUCACGACCAAGAGGACCUCGUGGACAUCAAGGUCCCUCUGGAUUUGGAAAUCGCUGUCUACGGCAAGCACUACUAUGUGUCAGCCAGUGCCAAAGGCAAUGUGGAGUACAAGGAGAUCGAUCCCAAGGGCAAGUUCGUGAAGCAUAAGGGAACAAUAAGGACAACGAUGGUGGCCAUUGGAUGCUGGCAGCUGCAGCGUUUUGCUCAACGAGGGCGCUCUUUUGACCACCUACAAGUUCCAUCGGUCUCUUUUUAUUUUAAAUAUAUAAGAAGCCGAUUAUUAAAUUUUAAGUCCCUAUCAACAUUUGUAAAGACAUCUGCUGCUAAAGCUAAGAAACCCAAAUUAUUACAUAGGCAGGUUAUUGCGCCGCAUGUAAGUUAUAAACGUAAUAGCAGGUAUACCGAGGGAAAUGUAUAUCAUGGUUUUCGGUGCGAACGUGUUGAGCAUGUUUCUGAAUUUGAUCUUACAUCCUAUACGCUACGUCAUGAAGGAACUGGAACGGAGUUUUGGCAUAUCGACCGGAAUGACGCAAAUAACGUAUUUUCUAUAAAUUUUCGAACAACUCCUUUCGAUUCUACUGGACUUUCUCAUAUUUUGGAACACUUAUCGUUAUGCGGUUCAAAAAAGUAUCCUGUCCGGGAUCCAUUCUUUAAGAUGAUUAACCGCUCGGUAGCAACGUUUAUGAAUGCGAUGACAGGUCCGGACCAUACUAUAUACCCUUUUUCCACUAUGAAUGAGAUAGAUUUUAGGAAUUUGCAGCGAAUUUACUUGGAUGCUGUCUUCAGGCCAAAUCUUACCUAUUUGGAUUUUCUUCAAGAGGGAUGGAGGCUGGAAAACAAAGAUAUACAUGAUCAAAGCUCACAGCUUGUUAUAAGAGUAGUUUAUAAUGAAAUGAAGGGUGUCUUUUCUGAAAAUGCAGAAGCUUUCAGUCAAAAACUUCUCAAUAAUUUAUUUCCUGGCCACACGUAUGGCCAUGUGUGAGGAAAUCCUUUGGAUAUACCUAAAUUAAAUCACACUGAUUUGAUUGAGUUCCACAAAAAAUAUUAUCACCCAGGUAACUCUCGGAUAUAUUCCUACGGAACAUUUGAUCCAACUAAAACUCUUGAACUUCUCGAUAAGGAGUACUUAUCAGAAGAAUGUUGGAUCGACAUCUCAUACAGUCGAAUACCUCAGCAAAAGCGAUGGACAGAGCCCCGUAAUGUACACAUCUCUGGUAGGCUAGAAUAAUAUGCGGCGCCGUAACUGGACCCAGGCAAAGCCAAAACGCUAGUGCUCCUCUUGAUGUGGAUGCGGACCAACAUACAAGAGAAUCUUGAACUACACGUUCUGUCUGAGGUAUUGCCGCCGGGACUAAACUCGGCAUUCUACAAGAGUCUUAUUGAACCAAAUUUUCCAAGUUACAAACUUCAAAGUACGGGAUAUUCAUCAGGUAAUAAGGAUACAACUUUUGCAGUGGGACUACAAGACGUUCGAGUUGAAGACUUUUCUAAAUUCAUCGACAUUUUGCUAAAACAGUUUCUAACGCUAUGAAGGAAGGGGCUGGAUUCGCAGCAUGUUGAAAGUGUUUAACACAACCGUGAGUUGUCACUAAAACACCAAAGUCCCCAUUUUUAAAUCACCUUGUUGUUCAAUUCCACGGCCUUGUGGAAUCAUGAAGGCGACGUAGUGAGUAACCUCCGUCAGAUAUGAUGUCCGUCGGCGAGAAAGCCUAAGCGAAGACAAUAGGCAUUUCCAAAACAAAUAGAGAAAUAUUUCAUCAAUAACACUCCAUAGACUUUUAUAUUAACUAUGUCGCCUGAUGAGUUAUACGAGGAACUUAAAAAGGCUGAAUUAGAGUUGCUAGAGCACAAAGUAAAGACCAAUAAAGAAAAGUUACAAAAAAAAUUUGAGAAUGGGUUAACCUUGGAUGCAUUUCAAAAGGCUAAAUCAAAUAUCGAAAUUUUACCGUGUCUUACAAUGAGUGAUGUGAGAGAGUCACCCAAAUGGCCAAAGUUGUUUUUCAAAAAUAUUCAUAAUAUAAAGACCCAGAUUUGCACAGUUUCAACAAAUGAUAUGGGUACAUAUUUAAAGUGUUUGUUCAAUAUAUCAGAUUUAAAUGAUGAAGAAAUACAGCUUUUUGCCGUUGUUUGCAAUGUUGUGAGUGCUAUGGGUACUGCGAAGUAUAAUUAUCGGGAGUUCGACUCGUUCUUUUCAAAAACCGGUGGUAUCGAUUUGGAGUUGAAUUUGAUUGAAGAUGAAGGAUGCAGCUAGUUACAAACUCAGGUAAUGAUGACCACCCAUGCACUAGAUAAAAAUGUUCCCGAGAUGUUUUGCUUAUGCCAAGAGUUAUUUCAAAAUUUUAAAUUUGACAAUUUUGUUCAUCUCAAGAUGCUUAUUGAAAACUAUAUAUCCAAUACGUCUGUAGGAGUGGUAAAUUCUGGUCAUUUAUAUGCUAUGUGAGCGACGGCAUUAGUUAGUAACGCUGGGAAAUUAAAGUCCCAAUUAUCCGGUGUAGAACAUAUAGCAUUCAUGAAAAAAUACGUACAACUAUCUAAAAUUCCGGAAAUUGCUCUGGUAAUUAACACAACUGGACCAAAGGUGUUUAACAAGUCUAAUGUGCAGGGGUCCAUUAACAGUUCAAAGUAUUUUCUGCCA